CAUUAUAUUUUCAACAUUCCCAAAAUUUUCGAUUUUCUUCCUCCUCCCGCCAAUACUGAAAACAAGUCAAAAACUCAAAUUCAAUCCAUUUUUUAUCCUCGAAUUUUCCUUAAACUAGCGUUGAAAGCUCUCGAUUGAUGUCUCUGGAUAUUCAGAAGUUCAUUCUUUCUUCAAUUUCAAGGUUUAUUUAUUGAAGUUGAAGUUGACAUGAAGUCCUCAAAACGGGCCAAAGAGAAUGGAGAACAACCUUCCAUACAGGGAAGCAUCAACAAGAGUUCCAUAGGCAUUGGUGGCAAGAAAUCUCGUAAGAACUCAGGAGGGCAGCACCAAAAAAGAGCAGGAGCAGUUGGAAAAGAUCUAAACUCUAUAGUACAUGGAAUUCUUCCUCAAAAUGGUGACUGCAAUUUGGAUGAACGCUCAAGCAUCAGUCCAGAAAAGGAAAAGAAGCUGCGUUCUUUAAAAAUGAUUCUGCAGCUUUUCCCAAUAGAUGAAAAAACUCGGAUGGGAUUGGAAAAGGUUGGCCAUAAUCCUUUCUUGGAGUUGACUUUGAGUCCAAGGAAAAAGAUAUCCUCUGUGCUUAAACACAUUCACAAUAAAUGGGGCAGUUCAAGGGAUGCUGCAAUAGACGAGCUUAUGCUUUUCCCCUUCAAUAUUGCAGCACAUAACUUGAAUAGUUGUUUAACGUGGAAUUUGAGUGACAUUGGUGUUACCGCAGGGGAUGUUCAUGCAGCGCUAGAAAGUCCAGAAAUUUUCCGCUUGAGGUAUGGUUGGGUUUCCCUUCAACCCAACAACUCUCCUCUCAACCCAACAAACCAUGCCAUGGAAGGUUCAGGCAAUACCAUGAAUGAUGUACAAGGGACAAGUAAAGAGCUUGGACCUUGCAACGAGAAUGAGUCAACAGAUAUGGCGGUUGAGCAGAGAAUUCCAUCAGGACCACUGCUUUAUGAAGUUCACAAGGAACCAAAUGAGGUGAAAAGUAAAGACUUAAAGCUAAACAUGUCUAGCACAGUGGAAUCUGAUACUGCAGCUGAAGAGAACACUUCAGCUGCACCUUAUAACUCAGAGGAAUUAAGGGUGGAUGCUGGCAGUUCUAUGACAUCACUGUUGUGGUCUGAUUUAAGUAACAUAAGCGUUGGAGGUCUUCUGUCUGAAGCAUCUCUUCAGGCAAUGUUUAAAACUGAAGAACAGAUAUCAGGUGGUAGCAGAUUGAUAUCUGAUCCUAAUAUGACUGACUCCAUAGAUGCUAUGAUUAAAAAAUUAAAACAGCCUCAAUCUUUGACUACUAUAUCUCCUGAAAUGCCCUCAUCUAUUCUGGAUGCUGAAAGCACAUGCCAUUCAUUUGCUUUUUCAAAGUUCUCCUCCAGUAAAGACUCGCUGACUCCUGGGAAAGGAGCUUUUUCUGGUUUAUCUGAUAACUUUCAGAGUGCUGUUUCUGAAUCACUUAAAUGUCCCAAGUCUGAGGGUGAUGCUCAAGAAAGUGCGUCGGAAAGCAUCAAUGUCCAGGAACCGAAAAUGGAUCUCCUUCCUUGUUCAUCAGGAAUAUACAACAAUGACAACAGUCGUGGAUUAUCCAGCCUUAGAUGGAAUGACUCUGUGGGACCCUUUGAUCUUCCCUUGAUUUCACGACAGAUUAUAAAAGAUGACAGUGUAAGCAUCGGAGGAUUUGUGAGAUAGCAACCUAUGAUCUGCAUAUAAUUCUGGAUCCACCCUUGGUUGGUUUUGGUUGAACAUGUGGGUUUAUUAUGCAUUUAUUAUCAUCUUCAUCUAUAAAGAAGUUUUCAUUUUCUUGGUUCACAUGAAGCUGGCUUGGCAUUGCUUCAAAUCUCACUAAAUGAGGUGGUUUUGAUAGACAACAAAGGCCCACAAGUACCUUUCAAGUUGAACCAUGCAUCUGAUCUUAAGUUUGUGUAUUUAUUUGAUGGGGUUGAUAGCUGUUUUGUUAAUAAAGUUUGUACAGAUUAUUAGUUGGUCAUUUUCAUGUCUACAGUUCUACAAACAUACAAUUACAACACCUUCAUGCGUUAGUACUUGAUUGGCUUAAUCCUUUCAUGAACAUCCAAGUACAUUACCUUCUGUUGAAGCUGGACCAAUUGCCAUUAGGGAUAUUUGUUAAUUGAUCGCUUCAUUUGACUUGUUUCAUCCAUUGGUAUUUGUUAAGUUAGUCGUAUAAGUUAAUUGUUAAUGAACAUGCUUGGUAAUAUUAAUUAUUAUUUAACCG